AUGGCCCUGCUCGGCAUCUCGCUGAUUGUCGCGUCCUUUGUCUUCGUGGCGUUGAGGCAGCCGCAGUGGCUGCGAUGGCCGUGGCAGAGUUUCGGGGGAGGAGUCGGCGCCAUCACGGACGGCAAAGAGAACCAGACGUUAUCAAGUCAAGAGCGGAGGAAUAGGGCGCAGCAGAGCAAGCAUGACGCCGGACAUGGCGCUACACCAACAAUCGCCGUCCAGCCAUCGAUCGACGACGACACAGAGCUGGCCUCGAGGGGGUCGUCAUCAGCUUCUUCAGCCGGACAGACCUCUUCGACCUUGAGACAGCGCAAACCCGACGACGCCGUUCCCUCGACACUUCCGACCAUCCAACCGCCUACGAUUAUCCCCCCCACGAUUGCAUCUCCAACCAUUCAAGAGCCCGAAAGCCCAACCACGCCCAAGGCCCAGGCCACGAGCCUGCCACAACCCGUCCCCAGUCUCUCCAUCGCCGAUUCAGCCUCCCUCAUGAUGCCCCCUCCGCCCCUCCCUUCGUCCCGCCCCAACGGCCGCAUUCCCGCCCUCAGCCAGUUCCCAGCUGCCAACUCGGCCCAGCGAGCCCGCGGUCCGACUCCCAAUAGAGGCCCUCCUGCCGCGUCCUCCUCCCUCUCCUCCGGCCUCGCACCUCCUCCAACGCACUCCUCCAAGCCCACCAAGCCCAGCCGCCAGGUCGUCCUCACGCCGGGCCACUCCCCGCUGGACUGGGCUCGGAUCUCCGGCCCCAACUCCGACCUCCGCGGCGUGCCCGCCUCGACGCCCUACCUGCGCGUGACACCCUCAAUGCUCAAGGUGCAGACGGGCCGCAAGGGCAAGGAUGCGUGGAUGGCCAUCAACGGGAAAGUGUACAACGUCUCGCCGUACGCAAAGUUCCAUCCCGGAGGCGUGCCGGAGCUGAUGAGGGGCGCGGGGAGGGACGCUACCAAGCUGUUUGGCGAGAUUCAUCCUUGGGUCAACUAUGAGACCAUGUUGGCUGCGUGUCUUGUGGGACUGCUGGUUGACGAGCCGGAGGGCCAGGAGAGUGAGAUGGACAGAAUGGACUAG